AUGGCUCCUUCAGCAACUACUACCACCACCACACAAGAGCACCCUACGCUCACUCUUCGACCAGAGGGUCUUGAGCGUAUCGUCAUUGACGGCAAUGACCGACGAUAUGGCGACUGGAGAGAUGAUCUCGUCCGUGACGGAUACGCUGUCAUCAAGGGCGCUAUUCCCAGAGACCGAGCUUUGAGCUACGCCAACCGCAUGUACGGUCUGCUUGAGAGCUUUGGUCAAGGAUACAACCGAAACGAUCGAUCCACCGUUCACCCUGACAAGCUCCCUGUCAUCAACGAGAAGGGCAUGCUUUUGAACUAUGCUGCAGCCCACGAGGACUUUGUUUGGGGUGUCCGCUCUGAGCCCGGUGUUGUCGGCGCUUUCGAGAAGGCGCUCGGAACUGAAGAACUUAUCGUUUCCUUCGAUGCUAUCAACUAUGGCUUCUCCAACCGAGAGAACCUGCCCGCAAACAAGCCCUGGCCUCACCAGGAUCAAGACCCCGACAAGCCCGGCUUCCGUUGCCUUCAGGGACUCGUCAACCUACUCCCGAACGGCCCGAACGACGGGGGGCUGAUUGUUGCCAAGGGUGGUCAUCUUCUCAGCCAGCAAUUCCACGAUGAUAUCCGUGGCACUGAAGAGCGUAUUCCUGCCUGGACCCCAGAGUGGUACGGUUUCACCGACAAGGGCAUGAAGUGGCUCGAGGACAACGACUGCGAGUGGUACAAGGUCGAGGCUGACCCCGGGGAUCUAAUCGUGUGGGAUUCGAGAACGCCGCAUUACAACGUUCCUGUGAAGGGUAAUCAGGACCGUUUUGCAAUCUACACUUGCUUCAUGCCGGUUUCGGAGGCAUCCCAAGAGGAUCUCAUCCGCAAGAAGGAUGCUUUCGAGCGCAGAAUUGGCACUACGCACUGGCCCAACGCUCGCCAUGUCGGAUCUAACGAGGCUAAAAGGAAUGGGAAGCCUGACCAUAUUGUCCGGGACAGACCUCUGCAUGAGCCACAACUUAGUGAGCGGGCUUUCAAGUUGACGGGUAUUCCUUAUAUCAAGGCUGAGGCGAGCUAG